ACGACUUUACAUAGCUCUUUACAGCUACAAUUGCAAUUAUGAAGCUUCCUUGAACCCUCCUCUUCUCUUAUCGUACACGUCGAUCCCUUGGAUUUAUUCACAGGGAUCUCCUAACUUAUAUUUUGCAGAAAGAUCUUCGUAUUUCUUUCAUCUUUGAUCUCUCCUUCUCUGCUGCGUCGUCUUCAUUAUGCUUCGUCUGUUUCGCUUUCACUCUGAAUUUCUCCGUUGCUGUGGAAUCCCCAACAACCAGCGAAGCAUCAGGACCGUGGCUUCUUAUCUCCCAGCGCCAGAUUCUGUUGAAGUGGAUUCCAAAAUGAGCUCGCCUGAUUUCUAUCAAAACGUCGUCGUAAUGAGACACGGUGAGCGCAUGGAUAACUUCGAGCCUUUGUGGGCCUCCACUGCGUCCCGUCCAUGGGACCCACCCCUGUUUCGGGAUGGUUGGAUUCGGGCGCAAGAAACGGGUCGGACCCUCAGAAAGUCUCUCGGGUUUCCCAUCCAUCGGGUCUUCGUCUCCCCGUUCCUUCGCUGCAUCCAGACUGCUUCCGAAGUCGUCACUGCUCUCUGUGCCGUCCACGACGAUCCCAGUCCCCUCUCCAGCCAUGCCAUAUCCAUCGAUGCUUCUAAAGUCAAGGUAUCGGUUGAAUAUGGAUUAUGUGAGAUGAUGAACAGUAAAGGAAUCAGACCUGGGGUGGCUCCAAAAGAUGGAAAUUUUAGCAUAGAUAUCUCACAGUGUGAAGCCAUGCUCCCUGCAGGAACAGUGGAUGAUAAAGCAGAAAGAUUGUAUAAAGAGUUGCCAAAGUGGGAAGAGCCUGCUUCGAGCACGAGGGCUAGAUAUGAGCAAGUAUUCAAGGACCUUGCAAACAAACAUCCUACUGAGAACUUGUUGCUUAUUACACAUGGGGAAGGAGUUGGAGUGGCUCUUUCUGCAUUCAAAAAAGAUGCUCAAGUGAGUCAGAUAGAGUACUGUGCUUAUGUGAAACUGAGGCGUCCUGUUUUCCAGAAAGAUCAGUCAUUUACUGCUGGGGAGUUCAAGGCGCUUAAUCUUUCUGGUCAAUCUGGAAUCACUUAUUCUCUCCCAAAUGCUUCCACCAAUCACAUCAAUGAAGUUUGAUUAUAAUUCUCUGGCCAAAAAAAAAAAGUUUGAUGAUAAUUCUUUCCUGAAACCUGAGAAUUUUAAAUCACAAAUUGAGAGUCCUCCCAAGUGAUUUCUUCUUGUGGGAAGUGGAGGCUUUUAUUUUUUAUGCUGUUUUCUUUUUUCUUUUUUUUUUUAAUUAAGAAGCCAAAACAAAAUGGCAUUCUUCAUUCAUGUAAUCCUUAUCUCCAUUCAUGUUUUGUGGCGUGUGUAAUUUUUCUCAUAUCAGUGAUAUUGCGAGCAGGAAAUGGCUCUUGAUAUAGCAAAGACUUCAUAUUCCUUUCAAUUA